AGGGCGAUGCUGACCAAGUUCGAGACUAAGUCGGCCCGGGUGAAAGGGCUCAGCUUUCACCCUAAGCGGCCGUGGAUCCUCACUAGCCUGCACAAUGGCGUCAUCCAGCUGUGGGAUUAUCGGAUGUGCACCCUUAUCGACAAAUUCGACGAGCAUGACGGACCCGUUCGAGGUAUUGAUUUCCACAAACAGCAGCCUCUGUUUGUCUCUGGAGGUGAUGAUUACAAAAUAAAGGUCUGGAAUUACAAAUUGCGCCGUUGUCUCUUCACUCUGCUUGGGCACUUGGAUUAUAUUCGCACUACCUUCUUCCACCACGAAUAUCCCUGGAUCUUGAGUGCUUCUGAUGACCAGACCAUUCGGGUUUGGAACUGGCAGUCCAGAACUUGUGUUUGCGUGCUGACAGGACACAACCACUAUGUGAUGUGUGCCCAGUUUCACCCCUCUGAGGACCUGGUAGUGUCAGCCAGCUUGGAUCAGACUGUGCGCGUUUGGGAUAUUUCUGGCCUAAGGAAGAAGAACCUGUCCCCUGGAGCUGUGGAAUCGGAUGUCAGGGGAAUAACGGGGGUGGAUUUGUUUGGGACAACAGAUGCGGUUGUGAAGCAUGUUCUUGAGGGCCAUGAUCGUGGGGUGAACUGGGCUGCCUUCCACCCCACAAUGCCACUUAUUGUGUCCGGAGCUGAUGAUCGGCAAGUGAAGAUCUGGCGGAUGAACGAAUCGAAGGCCUGGGAGGUUGACACUUGCCGGGGACAUUACAACAACGUCUCAUGCGCUGUCUUUCACCCGCGACAGGAAUUAAUCCUCAGCAAUUCAGAAGACAAGAGCAUCCGUGUAUGGGAUAUGUCUAAACGCACGGGUGUCCAGACCUUUCGGCGUGAUCAUGAUCGCUUUUGGGUAUUGGCUGCUCAUCCCAACCUCAACCUCUUUGCUGCAGGCCAUGAUGGUGGCAUGAUUGUGUUCAAACUGGAGCGCGAGCGGCCUGCAUAUGCUGUGCAUGGCAACAUGUUGUAUUAUGUGAAGGACCGUUUCCUCCGCCAGCUUGACUUCAACAGUUCAAAAGAUGUUGCUGUCAUGCAGCUGCGAAGUGGUUCCAAGUUCCCUGUGUUCAACAUGUCAUACAACCCAGCUGAGAACGCUGUCCUUCUCUGCACAAGAGCCAGCAACUUAGAGAACAGUACUUAUGACCUAUACACCAUUCCCAAGGAUGCAGACUCCCAGAAUCCGGAUGCCCCUGAAGGGAAACGUUCCUCCGGGCUAACAGCUGUGUGGGUAGCUCGUAACCGCUUUGCAGUCCUGGAUCGCAUGCAUUCGAUCCUAAUCAAAAACCUGAAGAAUGAGAUCACGAAGAAGGUGCAGGUGCCGAAUUGUGAUGAGAUUUUCUAUGCUGGCACGGGGAACCUGUUACUGAGGGAUGCGGACUCCAUCACCCUCUUUGACGUGCAGCAGAAGCGAACUCUGGCCUCGGUGAAGAUCUCCAAGGUGAAAUACGUCAUCUGGUCAGCAGACAUGUCCCAUGUAGCUCUGCUGGCUAAGCAUGAGGGUUCCCUACCCUUACUCUUUUGGCUUUCCUCUCCAGCCAUCAUGAUCUGCAACAGAAAGCUGGAGUCUCUGUGUAAUAUCCAUGAAAACAUUCGCGUCAAGAGCGGUGCCUGGGACGAAAGCGGUGUUUUCAUCUAUACCACCAGCAAUCACAUCAAAUACGCUGUCACCACGGGGGAUCAUGGAAUUAUCCGCACCCUGGACCUGCCUAUCUACGUUACCCGCGUGAAGGGGAACAACGUGUACUGCCUGGACAGAGAGUGCCGCCCCAGGGUCCUCACUAUCGAUCCCACAGAAUUCAAAUUCAAGCUGGCAUUGAUCAACAGAAAGUACGAUGAGGUGCUGCACAUGGUGAGGAACGCUAAGCUGGUGGGCCAGUCCAUCAUUGCCUACCUGCAGAAAAAGGGCUACCCAGAGGUUGCCCUGCACUUUGUCAAGGAUGAGAAGACCCGUUUCAGCCUGGCACUGGAGUGUGGCAACAUUGAGAUUGCUUUGGAAGCAGCCAAAGCUCUGGAUGACAAGAAUUGCUGGGAGAAACUAGGAGAAGUGGCCUUGCUGCAGGGAAAUCACCAGAUUGUGGAGAUGUGCUACCAACGCACCAAGAACUUUGAUAGGCUCUCCUUCCUCUAUCUCAUCACUGGCAAUCUGGAGAAGCUUCGGAAGAUGAUGAAGAUAGCUGAGAUCCGUAAAGAUAUGAGCGGCCACUACCAGAAUGCCUUGUAUCUAGGAGAUGUGGCAGAGAGAGUGAGGAUCCUGAAGAACUGUGGGCAAAAGUCCCUGGCCUAUCUCACAGCUGCAACUCAUGGUCUGGAUGAGGAAGCUGAAAGCCUGAAGGAAACAUUUGAUCCUGAAAAGGAAACGAUUCCAGACAUUGAUCACAAUGCAAAGCUGUUGCAGCCUCCUGCUCCUGUCAUGCCUCUGGAUACCAACUGGCCUUUGCUGACUGUCUCCAAGGGGUUCUUCGAAGGAACAAUUGCUAGCAAAGGCAAAGGGGGGGCCUUGGCUGCUGAUAUUGAUAUUGACACUGUUGGCACUGAAGGCUGGGGAGAAGAUGCGGAGCUGCAGCUGGAUGAAGAUGGCUUUGUGGAUGCUGGAGAAGGCUUUGGAGAGGAAGGUCUGGGUAAAGGACAGGAAGAAGGAGGUGGAUGGGAAGUUGAAGAAGAUUUGGAUCUUCCCCCUGAACUGGAUGUUCCUGCUGGUCCAGCAGGAGCAGCAGAGGAUGGAUUCUUUGUGCCGCCCACCAAGGGCACAAGCCCAGCUCAGGUGUGGUGUAACAAUUCUCAGCUUCCUGUUGACCACAUUCUGGCAGGCUCCUUUGAGACAGCAAUGAGACUCCUCCAUGACCAGGUGGGAGUAACAAAUUUUGGACCCUACAAGCAGUUGUUCCUGCAGACUUAUGCCCGUGGCCGUACGACCUACCAGGCUUUGCCAUGUCUCCCUACCAUGUACGGAUACCCACAUCGCAACUGGAAAGAAGCUGGCUUGAAGAAUGCCCUCCCUGCCGUUGGCCUGAAACUCAACGACCUCAUCCAGCGCCUGCAGCUCUGCUACCAGCUCACUACAGCUGGUAAGUUUGAGGAGGCCGUGGAGAAGUUCCGCUCCAUCUUGCUCAGCGUGCCUUUGCUGGUGGUGGACAACAAGCAGGAGAUUGCUGAGGCCCAGCAGCUGAUAGCCAUUUGCCGGGAGUAUAUCGUAGGACUCUCGAUGGAGAUUGAGCGGAAGAAGCUGCCCAAAGAGACCCUGGAGCAGCAGAAGCGAAUCUGUGAGAUGGCUGCCUAUUUCACCCACUCCAACCUGCAGCCUGUCCACAUGAUCUUGGUGCUGCGUACUGCUCUCAACCUCUUUUUCAAACUCAAAAACUUCAAGACAGCUGCUACUUUUGCCCGUCGGCUGCUGGAGCUGGGUCCAAAGCCUGAGGUGGCCCAACAGACUCGCAAGAUCUUGUCGGCAUGUGAGAAGAAUCCCACUGACACCUACCAGCUCAACUAUGACAUGCACAACCCCUUUGACAUCUGUGCCGCCUCUUACCGACCCAUCUAUCGUGGCAAACCCGUGGAGAAGUGUCCGCUCAGUGGAGCCUGCUACUGCCCCGAGUUCCACGGCCAGAUCUGCCGUGUCACUACGGUGACGGAGAUCGGGAAAGAUGUCAUUGGGCUGCGGAUCAGCCCACUCCAGUUCCGCUAGGGCAUGCCUGUCCUGGAGAGGUGUGAGAUCGGAGGGAAAUGGUCCCGUUUCACAGUAUAGUGUGGAAACUUUCACCUCCCACCAUUCCAGUUUUUAGUUUAGUCUCUUCACUGGAGCCGUGCCUAUGCGGUGUCUUACCUGCUCUUCCCCACCCAGGAAUGCUGUAGUGAGACUCUUCGCUGCUUCCAAGUAGUAGCAACUUGUGCUUCUGUUUCCAGAUCCAGCUG